CGUAACCAACAUUAUUUUUUAUUUUUAGUACACUGAUAGUAGAAUCGUAUACGAACAGUCCGUUAGAUCAAAGCAACUCAAAUUAGUAUGACAUUUGACACUGUCACUGAAAAAGCGGUAUCAAAACAAAACAAAACACAUUCUAGACUUGUUGUAUAGAAAAUAAAAGUGAAUGAGCUAGAUUUCGUUGGCAAAAAUGGAGUUAAAUUGGGAUACAUAUGAUUUAGUGUGUGAACAGGUGAAACAAUGUUUAUUACCCGAACUAGAUCGUGAUAUUGGCGAUGAACCAUUGGCAAAGGAGGAUUUUAGCAUGUUUCGAUAUGGGCUAGAGAUGAAUUUACAGCUUUUGUUUGAUAUUGUGGCGAAAAAUGAACGUUUAUUGCUUGAAUCGUUUGAAGGGAAAGACAAUACAUUUCGAGUGAAUUUUAUGCUGUUAAUACAUCAACAAUCUGGCUACGACGAAGCACCAUUCCAAACUGAUAGUCGAUCGAUUUCGAAACAAAUUCGAUUCUUAAUCGAUAAAUACUACAAGAAAAUCAUAUCAGAAACCAUCAUUCAAACUGAUUGCUCCAAGUAUUACAAAGAACGAUUAACAGCUGAUAAAUGGAAGCGAAAUAUUGGCGCCGUUUAUGGUUUUCUUCAAAUGAAUAAUUUACACCAAACAUUGAUCCAAACAAAAUUCAAAACGGACGAUUGCCUGUUCAUGUUGUCGGUUGGAAUGAAUUUGACUGAUUAUUUCGAACCAAGUUACAAAAAAUUCGGCCUAAUCAUAUUCAAUAUUUUGAUUGACUACGGCGAUCCAGUUGAAUUGCAAAAGUUAAAUAUAUAUCGGGUUGUCUUUGAAAAAUUAAUAAAGACAUUGAUUAAAAUAAUCACCGAUGAAAGUGGCACGGUACUGAUUUUGAGCUGCGCAUACAAGUGUAUCGAAACGUUUGAUGGAUGGCGAACACCAGUCAAAUGGAAUGAAGUGGACGAUGCGCUUGAAGAAGUAAUGAAACGAAUUCCCUUCGAAGUUGACAAUCGUUGUACAGCUAUUCUAUUUAUGUUUGUGUGCCGUGUCACAACGUUGCCAAUGGAAAAGUCACGCAUUUUUAGUAAAUUGACCGAUGUUACGAACUUGGAUUAUGUUAUUGAAACGGCAAAAAAAUCAGCAGAAGAUAAACGCGAAAUAUUCAAUGAAUUACGGAACAUUUUCAGUUCACAUCAUAAUCUUCUGAUCGCACGUUGGUUAAGACGGCUGGUUAAAAUAUUUCAAGAUCGUGACAUAAUCGGAAAAGCAGAAGAAAUUAGAUUUAUGCUAUUCAUAAUGCAUAUUCUUUAUAUAUGCGCUUUCUACGGUAGUCCAUGGUUUAUGGGAAUGAAGUGGAACGACCUUCUGCAUGAGUUUGUUUGCAAUCUAAUGAAAUUAGUUGCCAAUAAUUUCAAUCGAGAAAUGUUUAUUGAGGAAAUAUAUGCCAUUUUGGACACAUUAAAACUUCAUUUGGAAAUUGCUGAAAGAACUCCAGAUUUCUUCAAGGAUGAGCAUGAAGAACAAGUUACCAAUUUCAUAGAAUCCAUUCACAAGAUAAUACCAGAAUUGGAACAGUAUUGCGUAAGAAAGAAAAACGAGGAUGAAGAAGAAAGACUGUCGCGGAAAUCUGAACUAUCAUUGGAGGUAUCAAAGACAUUGGAGGACCCAAAGACAUCGGAGGACCCAAAUAUGCCAGAAGAAGAAUCGAAUUGAUAUUUAUGAGAUUGUACAAAUUAAGAUAAAAAAUUAAAAUGUCUUUGAUAAACAUAAAAAAUACAAGCUUUGAAAGUUUUUAAUAGCUUUAAAGUUUCAACUUAUUUUGGUAGAAGUAGCGCAUAAGAUUAUUCUGUGUAUUAAAAUUUAUUAAAAAUGA